CCAAGGGCCGAAGCGUCAGUCAAAUCGAGAGCACGCACUCACGCAAGAAGCGCUGUCUUGCCUCCCCACGUCGCGCUGCCUGCCCAAGUGCCAAACCGACCAUAAAAUACCACGCAAGAACACGCUCCCCGUGCACCACCGGCCAACAGCCCCACACCACCACCGCAAGUGACCGGAGAGGAAGAUCGAGGAGAAGAGGCGGCGACCGAUCGUGCCAUGGCGAGGGCGGCGGUGACGUCGUUCGUCGCGCUGCUGGCGGUCGUGGCGACCAUGAGCGCGGGCGGGGCGUCGGCGCAGCAGUGCGACGCGGGGCAGCUGGCCGUGUGCGCCCCCGCGAUCGUCAGCGGGGCGGCGCCCACGGCGGCGUGCUGCUCCAACCUGCGCGCGCAGCGGGGGUGCUUCUGCCAGUACGCGCGCAACCCGGCGUACAGCGGGUACAUCAACAGCCCCAACUCCCGCCGCGCGCUCGCGUCCUGCGGCGUCUCCAUCCCGCGCUGCUAGGCGCCGCGCCGCGCACGUACGCCGGCUGGCUGUCACGGGGCGGCUCGCGUACGUGUGGAUUAUUGGUUUUAUACGUACGCAUCCGGAUUGUGCUUGGCUGCUUGUGUGUGAUGUGGUGUAUGAAUAAACGUUGUGUGUGGAUCGAGUGCGUAGCUUAACCGGUUGACGGAUGUCGAUCGGUAUAUUGUGAGUUCUAAUCCCAAGAAUAUAUGGAGUACUACUACGAAGUGAUGUAUGCGUCAACUGGUAUAUUGUGAGUUCUAAUCCCAAGAAUAUAUGAGUAGUACUGAGAAGUGAUGUCUAAUUA